AUGGAGUCCGUCAAGUCAAGAGCAACGGCGGGGGUCAAGGAAUUUGCCGGGAAGACAUUAGGUCAUAUGCACAGAGUGCUCGAGAAGAAACAGAAAACCGGAGAAGUCAUCGAGCUGACUGAGGAUGGGAGGCCCCAGGAGGCCCCUGAGAGGAAGCCCCCGCUGGUCGACUGCACGUGCUUCGGGCUGCCCCGCCGCUACAUCAUCGCGUUGAUGAGCGGCCUUGGGUUCUGCAUCUCCUUUGGGAUCCGCUGUAACCUGGGCGUGGCCAUCGUGGGCAUGGUCAACAACAGCACCGUGCACGAAAACGGGAAAAUCAUCAUCAAGGAGAAAGCAAAGUUCAACUGGGAUCCAGAGACGGUCGGUUUGAUUCACGGAUCCUUUUUCUGGGGCUACAUCGUGACGCAGAUCCCCGGGGGGUAUAUAUCGUCUAAGCUGGCUGCUAGCAGGGUGUUUGGGGCAGCCAUCUUUCUGACCGCGACGCUCAACAUGUUCAUUCCCUCGGCUGCGCGGGUUCACUACGGGUGUGUCAUCUUUGUGAGGAUACUGCAAGGUCUGGUCGAGGGAGUGACCUACCCAGCCUGCCAUGGCAUAUGGAGUAAGUGGGCUCCUCCACUGGAGAGGAGUCGGCUAGCAACCACUUCCUUCUGUGGAUCUUAUGCUGGCGCUGUGAUCGCGAUGCCAUUGGCUGGGAUCCUGGUUCAGUAUUCCGGCUGGUCCUCUGUGUUCUAUGUCUACGGGGUCUUUGGGAUCAUCUGGUACAUGUUCUGGAUCCUGGUGUCCUACGAGAGUCCCGCCGUGCACCCCACCAUCACCGAGGAGGAGCGCUGCUACAUCGAGGAGAGCAUCGGGGAGACCGCUCAGCUGAUGGCCGCCGCCGAGAAAUUCAAAACUCCCUGGAGAAAGUUCUUUACCUCCAUGCCAGUCUACGCCAUCAUCGUUGCCAACUUCUGCAGGAGCUGGACCUUCUACCUUCUGCUCAUUAGCCAGCCAGCGUACUUUGAGGAGGUGUUUGGCUUUGAGAUCAGCAAGGUUGGCAUGCUGUCUGCCCUGCCCCACUUGGUGAUGACCAUCAUUGUGCCCAUCGGGGGACAGCUGGCCGACUACCUGCGCACCAGGAACAUCCUGUCCACCACCACUGUCAGGAAGAUCAUGAACUGUGGAGGGUUUGGGAUGGAGGCCACAUUGCUUCUGGUGGUUGGCUACUCUCACAGUAAAGGAGUGGCCAUCUCCUUCCUGGUGCUAGCAGUGGGCUUCAGUGGAUUUGCCAUAUCAGGUUUCAACGUGAACCACUUGGAUAUCGCUCCACGCUAUGCCAGCAUCCUCAUGGGCAUUUCUAAUGGAGUCGGCACUCUCUCUGGGAUGGUGUGUCCUAUAAUCGUUGGCACUCUGACAAAAAACAAGACCCGGGAGGAGUGGCAGUCCGUGUUCCUCAUCGCCGCCAUGGUGCACUACGGGGGAGUGAUUUUCUACGGGAUCUUCGCCUCGGGGGAUAAGCAGCCGUGGGCCGACCCGGAGCUGACCAGUGAGGAGAAGUGCGGCUUCAUCGACGAGGACGAGCUGGCGGAGGAGACGGGAGACAUCAGCCAGGGCUACGGCGCACUGGGCGCCCCGGCCAAGACGUAUGGCGCCACCACGCAGGUGAACGGCGGCUGGGCCUCGGGAUGGGAGAAGACGGAGGAGUACGUCCAGGAGGAGGCCGCCGAGGGGGGGUCCUACGGGUAUAGGCAGGAGCAGGGCUACUCCUAG